CUCUUUUCCAGCGAACAGAUCAGAAGGGAGAAGGAGAAUAAAGUUUACAAAAGUAAUCGCUCUUUCUUAGAUCUCACCACAAAAUUCAUUAAAAAGAAAAAAAAAAAAACUAAUUUUCUUAUUCUGCUUAUCCUCCAUUCAUUCUUCCAUUACAUAGUGCUGUUUAUCACGUCUUUUUACUUUUUUGCCUGUUGCUGGGUAUAGCAUGGAUCAUGCUCGAGCAUAUUCAUCUCCCCAUUUUCUUUCUUCUUCAACUAGUAACUUCAAUGGACAGCCAGAAGAAGAAUGCAGUUUGGAAGGCCUUGCCACCAAUGUUAAGCUAUUACUGAAGCUAAUUCAAGAUCAUAAUGGGUCUAGCACAAAAGAAAAUGAUGAGCGCAAGUUUCAUAGGGUGAAUGGAAUGAUGUUUAUCCUAGAUGAGGCUAGGUCCAGGAUUCAAAAGAUUCAAUCUACAAGCCAGAGAAGAGCUGAACUUAGGAGGUGCAACACUGACCUUAGGCCUAAGAUUCCAUCUCCCAAGGACAGAAAGCCUCCUUCUGAUGUGCCUAUAGAUGAGAAAGAGAGGCUAAAGAGGGAGCUUAACGCGAGCUUGGUGGCACGACAAAGCCUUCAAGCAAUGUGUUCAAGUUUGGGAAAAGAGAAACAAAUUAUGGCCGCGGAACUUGCGAGGAAGGCUCAAGAGUUGACAGAACUGGAGGACUUCAUUGGUGAUCUAAAGGCGCAGAAUGACAUGUUGAUGGAGAAGUUGCAUGCAUGGAGCUCCGAACAGAAGGAGAAGAAGGGUAGUGGAGUGGAGAUGGAAUGCAACAUAGUGCUACGAGAGCGUAACAAGGCGCUUUCGGAGCAACUCCAGAAGUCGAUUGAUGGUUAUCGGUCUUUGAAGAGAAGGCUCAGAGACAUUCAAGAGGAGAACAGGCAAAUUCGCGAUACGGUGGAGCAAAUGGAGGAGGAAGUUGAUGCAGGAAUUCACAGGAUAGGUAGCUUCAAGGAAGGGAGGAUGAGAACAAAUGAGAUCAAAGAAGAAAUUUCAGCUAUGGAGCAUAUGCUUGAUUCUCUCAAGAUGAAAAUCUCUAAAUAUACACAGAAGAAAACUUGAUGUCAUAUGCCAAAAGCUCAAUCUGUGAUUUGCAAGGGAUCCAAGAGAAUGGGCAUUGUAUCAAUACAUGCAUCGUCCAUUUACAGCAUGCUCUUGUUCAAUUCUAGCCUACCUCGUCUAUUUUCAUAUCUAGAAAGCAUGCUCCUAGUCCUAGACCAUUGUAGAAUGGGAGCCAUUAGCCAAAUCUGUUCUGUAAAAUAUGAGAGUGAGAAGAAAGGGUCAAACUCAAAGAGAAUAGUGACAUACAUUCCACAUGCUUUUGAACUUUGGUUCAGAUGUACACUGACCCAAGAGUUGUAUAAACCAGAUUCCUGUCCUCUCUGUAUGCAUGUCCUAAAUUCAAUUUUUGUUCAGUUCA